GUUGGGAGGUAUACGUUUUGGCGCCAUCUAGUGGCUGCUUGCGGGGAAACAAUUGAAUCUUGCCCUCUUCAGCUUUAUCACUCACAGGUUUUAACACUGAUAAAUUGUUUUUGUUUUUUAUUUCUUAUUUGUAUGCCCCACAAAAGUUUUGCGAUAUGUCAGUGGAGGGCUGCAGUGUAGUUAUAUGUCCACACCGCACAGCAGGGAUCCUGUCACAGAGUAGAGGAUGCCUGGUGCCUGCACUGUGUACGGGCGCCGGGGAGUGGUGUGAGAGUGAUGCCGGGGUGGUGUGAGUCUCGGCAUGCCGGGAAGGGAUGUGCUGGAGAAGGGACGUGGGAGAGUUCGGGGCGGGGUUGGAUCAGCUCCAUCCCCACGUCCCGCCUGCGGCCGCUGCAGUGCGGAGUGAGCUCGCAGUCCCCGGCUGAUGCUUUAUUAUUAUACCCCAGCAGCAGCAUGUCUGAGAGCGACGGCGACCUGCCCGACCUGGUCUCCCAAGACAUGGCCACCCAGGCUCCGGAAAAGCCGAGGCUGCGGCGCUGCUACCCAUCCCGAGUGACCGUAGAGCCGGUGCUCUUCCUGGCUAUGUUCUCCAUGGCGCUUCAGGGCCCACUUACUACACAGUAUCUGUGGGGCCGGCUGAGGGCAGACAUCGGCUACAACGGGACCAAGAUCGAGGGCUGCACUAACAACACCGACCCCAUGGAGAAGGAAGUGGAAUCGCUGACGUCACACUGGAGUCUUUACCUGAACUUGAGUGGUUUACUUGUUGGCCUCUUCUCUGUGAUGCUGCUGGGCCCGUGGAGUGACCAUGUUGGCCGCCGGCCCGUACUCCUCCUUCCCUUCAUCGGACUGACUUUGCAAGUUGCCAUUUACCUUGUGGUCAUGUACCAGGAACUACAUGUUGGCUAUUUGUUGCUUGGCCGCAUUAUUGGAGGCAUCACAGGUGACUUCAACAUGAUUCUUGCUGGCUGUUUUGCUUACAUAGCCGAUAUCACUGAUCGGCCUUCACGAACUUUCCGCGUCGCCAUCUUGGAGUCAUGUCUAGGUAUUGCCGGGAUGAUAGCCAGCAUCCUUGGUGGACAUUGGAGGAAGAUGCAGGGUUACAUUAACCCAUUCUGGCUAGCAUUUGCUGUGAAUAUCUUCACUGCCUUUUAUGUUUACUUUUGUGUCAAAGAAUCGGUGAAAGACCAGAAACCGUCCCGAUUGUUCACUACCAAGCACUAUAAGUCAAUCUUUCACCUGUUUGCUUUGCCCGGAGAGAAUAAACGGCGGAGCAAGAUGUUCCUGUACUGUUUGGCUUUCCUAUUGGUGGUGACUGUUCACAUGGGAGUCAAGGACCUUAUGGUGAUUUAUGAGCUCAGCUCUCCUCUAUGCUGGGACUCUGACCUCAUUGGUUAUGGAUCUGCAGCUGAGCACCUCACUUACCUUAGCAGCCUAGCAGGUCUGCGCCUCUUUCAGCUGUGCCUGGCAGACAGCUGGGUGGCCGAAAUGGGCUUCUUAUCUAAUAUCUCCGGCCUGGUUGUCUUCUCCCUGGCCUCGAGCACCCCAAUAAUGUUUACAGGGUAUGGGCUGAGGUUCUUCACAAUGGCAACUACUCCUGUAAUAAGAUCCAAGCUGUCCAAACUGGUGGAUGAGGGAGAACAAGGUGCAUUAUUUUCUGUUGUCGCUUGUGUUGAAGGAGUCUCCUUUAUAUUGGCCACCAGUAUCUUUAAUUCUCUGUAUCCGGCAACGCUGUACUUCAUGAAGGGAUUCACCUUCUUGUUUGGAGCCGCUGUCCUACUGAUCCCAGCUGGAAUAAUUGGGAGCAUUGAAAUCUGUGACCAGAAGCCACUAUACAGCCAAUUUGCGGAGAUUUCCUGAGAGCCUUAGUCUUCCAAUGUGAACCUUCUUGAAAACUACUAUAAAGAAGUUGGAUGGCAAAAGGACUUGUAUGAUGCCAAGAGUGUACUAACCUCUGUUUCAUCAAAGGCCACACACUUCAACAUCUGACCUAACAUAUAGCAAAGUAAAAAUUACUUUACGAAAUGUUCAGUGUUUGCUGAUGUAUAUGAAAUGUACAGCAGUUGUAGGUUAGAUGAAACAAGAAGUCAGAGAAAAAACACUUGUGCUUUAUUAAAAGUACACCUGAACUAUAUACACGUGGCUGCCUGACUACUUGGUGUCUGGCUUCAGUGGUUUGUCCAGGUCUGUGAUUACCUGUCCAGCCAUAAGUGUCUUGUGCCUGGAAAAUAGCACACUGCUUGCUUUCUGUCUUGGCGGUUUAGUAGAUGAAUUCAAACCAACGUACUUGACAAUUUCUGUUGCCUGAGAGCUUUUGUAUUGUGCACCAGUGUACAAUGUGUGGCAUUUAAAUGUCAAAAAGUAGGUUAGAAUUCUGGUAGUGGAUGGUGUUCAUUCAGCUUUUUGUUUUGACUGCCAUCUAGAACUCUGCCAACCUGUUGUCAGUGCUUGUGAAACAAUGACAUAUUUCAUUUAUUUCAAGUUGUAAUUAUAGUAGUAUGGUAUAGUAAAUCUGGCUAUAUGUGUUUUACAUUAAUAUUAAUAUUAAUAUUGGCUCUGAUGCCAUUUGUCAAGUCUCUUAAUAAUACUGCUAAACUUACUAAAAGUCACCAUGGCCAAAAUCCAACCCACCAGCUGUGCAAGCUGAUGCUGUGUUUGUGUCAUAAUUCCUCUGGUGUUCCUGCAAGUGAGCAUCCUGCACACUUCCAUAUCCCCCCUGCAUUGUUAUGUACAUUGCCUAGAUUCCUUUAUGCAGUCACUGUAGCUCCGCUCUUCCCCUAGUGAUGUGUGAACAACAAAAUAGUGAAACAAUGUAUCUGUAAUAUAACGUGACUAGAGUUCAACAUAAAAUAUUCAUUAUAUUUAUUAGAUAUUUAGAUCUAUAACUUUUAUGCACUAGUUGUACAUUUCUCUAUCUGGUUCUAUUAAGAAAUUCCAAUAAAUAUUCCAGAUCUAUAUAACCUCAAAUAACAAACAUGCUGGCCUGAGAUUAUUUGGGAAAACACAUUGGGCAUGAGUCAGUGUCACAUGUAAGGCAGCCGGAUUGUGUGCUUGGAAAUACAUGUGUAUUUCUGCCUGUAUUUAGAGUUGGCCACGUGUAUGGAGCUGCACUGCCCCUAGAUGUUUGCUUAUGAGUGCAGUCGUCAUCACUAUCACGGUUUGCAAAGGAGCCAUCUGAAAUCAUUGGAUAUUUACAUAUACCUAUCUCUGAAUAGGUUGCAAUUCUGUCUACAUGCCCACGGUGAAUAUAUGCAAAGUGUGAAAACCUCAGUUCCGCCCACUUAUAUGCAUUCAGCAGAAAUGCGUUUGAUUUCCGUGCCACAGUGAACAGCCCCGCAGAUCCACUCAUUAACCUCUCUGUCUGGCUUCUUACUGUUAAAAUCUGACAAAUAUUCUACGGGUAACCAGCCUUUAUGGAUAAACUAUUGACCUACUGAAUGCUAUCCAAACUUGGGGCAAUCGGGAAAGGACGUUAAUGUGAAGGGCUCACGGUUUUCUACACUCUGCCAUUUACGCCAGAGCAUUUAGCAGGUAUGAGCAGUGACAGAGUGGGAUUGCAGGAAGAAGGUCUCCUAUUUAUGAUAUCAAACCCUGAGGUUCCAAAUACAUCUGAAUACAAGAAGACUUUACCUGUGUUUCUGCUAAAGCUACUCUGUGUGUUAUUUUGCAGCCAGGCGUAUUCAGACUUUGUUUUUUAUGCGCAUUCAGAUAUUAUUAUACAUUUUUUUUUUUCAUUGGUUGGUUCUUCUCACUUCUAUGUAUAUUUGUAUUUACUUUACAUUUAAAUGUGCAGCACUUUUAUUAGGUGUUACUGGUUAUAUGGCCCUGUUUUGAAGUUAAUUGUGACCCAUAGCAAUAAAUAUAUUCAUAAUAACUAUGAAAAUAUUUAUGAAAUUAAAUGCUGUUCCCAGUGUGUGUGUUUGUGUGCGUGUGUUAUCUGCAAACACCAGAACAGUUUUAUUGCCAAUUUGUGUCUGGCAGAGAAAAUGGGAUAUUUCUCUAUCAUCCAUAAGGGAUAUUGGGGACAGAUUAGUACGAUGGGAUUCAAAGGAGCCAGUGCACUUUAAAUUUCUUCAUCUGGGUGUGCUGGCUCCUCCUCUCUGUGCCCCCUCCCACAAGCAGUUUAGAAAAAAGUGCCCUCAGGAGAGGAUCCACACUCUGCAAGCUCCAGAGUUUUUUGUUUUUUUUUUCUUCAAUUUCUUUUAAACUUUUAUUUCUUUUGGGAUGCUGUUUGGGCAACAGCAUACCUGCGCCAUGGGAGUUAGGGGGGGACGGUCACCGGCCUCGUGAAGUGUAGAGCCGCUUCCCCGCUGCAGGACCAUCGUCCUGAGGGGCUGUUUGUUCAGCGGGGCACUGCACCUUAGCUGUCGCAGCCGCAGCAUGCUGCACACCCCUAACAAAGCCUGAAGGUGAUCGUCGGUGGUGGGUACAAACCGGGGGCCCAGCUAGAGGGAGUCCCAUGGUUCAUUGUGCGGGUGAGGCGCACAGGUCCCUCCUGGGGGGAACCCGCUGGAGCCCCUGCGUGAGACUGGCUGGCGUUAUUGUACCAAACAUUUAUGUGAGGCUACAAAUGGUGUGGGAGACAUGACAAGUAUAAACAUUAUUAGUAUCUCCGGUGCCAUAACGGGGGGCGGAGCUACAUCAGGGUGGGCUCAGCGGCAUUUUGGCGCCUCCCUCUGCAUAAGCAGCAGCCUCAUACAGCUCCUCCACACGUUAACAGGAUCACUGGUACCGCGUGUAGAGGGGGAGAGCCGCUAUUGGUGCACGGUUUACAGGCAGUAUCACUGUUCUAUAUACAUAAAUACAUAAUGCUAACAGCCUCACUGGGGCUGUACAGCGUUGGGUGUGCUGGGGUCCUCUCUUCUGUGUCUCCUCUCACAUGCAAUAGGGCAGGCUUGUAUUGUAAUCAGUCUGUGUUGUAUGUGUAUUGUAUCUGUAAUUCAUAGUGGUGAAACAGAAGUUAUGCAGUGUAUGUAAUGCCAGAUUCUCCCCUAUUUCAUAUGGCUCCAUAUCAUGUGAGCAGUGUAGUCAGUCAUCACAAAAUGCUGAUGAUAAUGUGGGGGAGAGUCCAGAGCCUUCCUGGCUGGGGGCUAUCAAAACUAUGAUGUCUGAUAUGUCCUCUCAACUCACUGCCAAUGCCAGUAAAACACAAGAACUGCAACAAGCAGUAGCUAACCUAGCUGCCAAGGCUGCUGAUCCCCAUCCCCCCAUGUCUACUACAGGUGCACAAAAACGUUCUUUACCUGCAAUCCUAUCAGAUACUGAUGAUGAUGUACAGGAUGAUGUGGAUCCCAUUAGUGGGGAUUCCACCCAUACACAGGGUAUUGAACGCCUCAUAUUGGCUAUAUGGAAUGUGUUACAGCUCCACCUGGAGGAUGCUACUAAUCCCACAAGACAAACUGACAGUCACAUUUCCUGAUUCCAAGGAAUUGGAUGAUUUUAUUUAAAUUAGCCUGGAAAAAUCCAGAUAAAAAAUUUCAGGUGUCCAAAAGGUUUUUGCAUACCUUCCCCUUUGCCCCCGAAGGUAGGAAAUUCUGGGAAGAAUCUCCAGCAGUAGACAUUUCAGUCUCUCGCCUCUGUAAGAAGGCGGUGCUCCCAGCUCCGGGCUACUUUACGGUAAAGGACCUGGGGGAUAGGAAAAUUCAGACCACUCUGAAAUCUAUCUACACUGCUGCAGGUGUAGCUCAAAGACCAGUCAUUCCUGGUUGCUGGAUGACACAUGCAAUUCAUACGUGGGCUGCUCAAAUUCAGGACGGUCUUUCGGGUGAUAUGACCUUAGUUACUACUGUAACUUUCCUAAAACACAUACAGGACAUGGCAAGAGUCCUCUGUGACUCCCUUAAAGAGAUUGGCAAUAUUAAUGCUAGGACCACUGCUAUGGCUGUGUUUGCAAGUAGAGCCAUAUGGUUGCUUCAGUGGAUUGCUGAUGCUGACUCCAAACGUAAUGUGGAAUCUUUUCCCUUCACAGGGGAAUGGCUCUUCGGAGGUGAGUUGGACACAUGGACCUCCAAAGCUGCUGCUGGGAAAUCACGUUUCUGCUAGACGAGCCUACCCGCAACCGUCUACUCAGUCCUUUCGGACCUCCAUAUCUCAAUCUAGAGCCAGGGGUGCCUCCAACGCAGCUAGAUGCUCCAUAGGUAAGCCUAAGAAACCAGCCGUUGCCGGAUCUCAAGAACAGUGCACCAGUUCAGCUUCCACAAAGACUUCGGCAUGACGGUGCCCACCCACCCCGAGGGGAUCUCGUGGUGGGAGCUCGGUUAAGUCACUACAGCCACAUCUGGUACGGUUCCUGCCAAGAUGCCUGGGUAAGGGACCUUAUCUCUUAGGGUUACAAGCUGGAGAUCGACGGUGCUCCUCCCCAAACAUUUUUCAAAUCAAGCUUACCAGCUUUGGAAAAUAUGCGUGUUACUCUACUACUGGCCAUCGAAAAGUUGGUCCAGUCCCAGAUUAUUGUUCCAGUACCCCUGCUACAGCAAGGACAAGGUUACUACUCCAGUCUGUUUGUAGUGCCAAAACCAGACUGGUCUGUGAGACCCAUUUUGAAUCUGAAGUCCUUGAAUCCUUACCUGAAGGUUUUCAAAUUCAAGAUGGAAUCUUUGAGAGCAGUGAUCGCAGGACUGAAACGCCAAGAAUUCCUAGUGUCCCUGGAUAUCAAGGACGCUUUCCUCCAUAUCCCAAUUUGGCCUCCUCAUCAGGCCUAUCUGCGGUUCGCCCUACUGAGCGAUCACUACCAGUUUCAGGCGUUAUCCUUCGGCCUGUCUACAGCUCCGAGGGUGUUCACGAAGGUGAUGGCGGAAAUUAUGUUUCAACUCAGACUCCAGGGGUCAUCAUUGUCCCUUACCUGGACGAUCUCCUGAUAAAAGCGAGUUCCAGGGAGCUUCUACUGCUCCAUAUAGAUCACACUAUCUAACUUCUGUCUCACCACGAGUGGAUUCUCAAUUUACAGAAGUCCAAUCUGGAGCCGUCUCAAGGGCUCCUGUUUCUGGGCAUGAUACUGGAUACCGUAGCUCAGAGAGUGUUCCUCCCAGAGGAAAAAGUGAGAACACUUCAAGAAAUGGUUCGCAUGGUUCUCUGACCUGCUCGAGUUUCAAUUAAUCUUUGCAUAAAAUUGUUGAGAAAGAUGGUGGCCUCAUACGAGGCGAUACAGUUCGGAAGGUUCCAUGCCAGACACUUCCAAUUGGACAUCCUGAACACGUGGUCUGGUUCCCAUCUUCAGAUGCAGCAGAUGAUUAGACUGUCACCCCAGGCCAGGAUUUCACUCCUGUGGUGGCUACAGUCUUCCAACCUACUGGAGGGUUGCCGCUUCGGGAUUCAGGAUUGGAUACGCCUCACGACCGAUGCAAGCCUGAGAGGAUGGGGAGCUGUCACCCAGGGGGCGCAGUUCCAGGGCAGGUGGUUUGCCCAGGAGGCCCUACUUCCGAUCAACAUACUGGAACUUCGGGCUAUCUACAAUGCUCUGCUUCAGGCCUCCCCUCUACUCCGGGAUCAGGCGAUCCAGAUUGUCUGACAACGCCACGGCAGUGGCAUACAUCAAUCGACGAGGGACAAACAGCAAGGCCUGCAUGCAAGAAGUGUCCAAAAUACUUCUCUGGGCGGAAAGAAAUGCAAGAGCACUGUCCGCAGUUUUCAUUCCGGGAGUGGACAGCUGGGAAGCGGACUUCCUGAGUUGCUAAAACGAUCUCCAUCCGGGGGAGUGGGGAUUACACCCUCCGGUGUUUCAACAGAUUGUCGACAGGUGAGGAUGCCCACAGAUUGACAUGAUGACGUCUCGCCUCAACAAGAAGCUUCGCUGCUACUGCUCGCAAACCAGAGACCCUCAGGCGAGUGCAGUGGAUGCGCUGACAUCGCCUUGGCCUUACCAGCUAGUCUACCUAUUUUCCCAGAUUCUGUUAAUCCCAAGGAUGCUCAAGCGGAUCAGACAUCACUGAGUACAAUCAAUCUUGAUUGCUCCGGGUUGGCUCCAGAGAGCGUGGUAUGUGCCUCUUCUGGACAUGUCCAUAGAAGACUCUUGGCCUCUGCCACUAACAAGGGAGCUUCUUCAGCUACGACCGUUCGUCUACCCAGACUUACGGCGGCUUUGUUUGACACCAUGGAGGUUGAGCGGAACAUCCUAGCUCACAAAGGGCUUUCCAAAAAGGCCAUUGCCACUAUGGUGCAAGCCAGAAAACCUGUGACGUCAAAACACUAUCAUAUCUGGAGAAGAUAUGUCUCUUGGUGCGAGGAACGUACAUAUCCAUCUGCAGAAUUCCACUUGGGAAGAUUCCUUCGUUUCCUACAGUCUGGAGUGGAUAAAGGCUUACGUCUUGGAUCCAUUAAGGUCCAGAUUUCAGCUAUUUCCGUCUUCUUCCAGAAGAAGUUAGCUAUCUUGCCAGAAGUUCAGACCUUCUUGCAAGGGGUGCUUCACAUACAACUCCCAUUUGUGCCGUCUGCGGCGCCUUGGGAUUUGGAUGUGGUGUUAUGCUUUCUACAGUCCUCCUGGUUUGACCCUCUGAUGACGGUAGAAGACAAAUACCUCACGUGGAAGACUGUGAUGUUACUGGCCCUGGCUUCUGCUAGACGUGUCUCAGAAUAGGGAGCCUUAUCGUGUAAAGGUCCAUACUUAGUCUGUUACAAAGACAGAGCGGAGCUCAGGACUAGGCAGCAGUUCCUGCCGAAGGUGGUCUCCGCGUUUCACUUAAAUCAACCUCUUGUAAUUCCGUCCAGUUCUGGCUCUUCUGCCUCUCCGGAGGCAUUGGAUGCAGUGCGAGACUUGAAGAUCUGUCAAGAGGACAGCUCGGAUCAGAAAGACUGAUUCCUUGUUCGUGUUGUAUGAUGCGCAGAAAAAGGGUUGCCCUGCUUCAAAGCAGUCCAUUGCUCGUUGGAUUCGGCUUACUAUCCAACAGGCCUAUGUGUCUGCAGCCUUGCUGGUUCCUAAGUCUCUAAAGGCCCACUCUACUAGAUCGGUGGGCACCUCCUGGGUGGCUGCCCGGGGUGUCUCGGCCUUGCAAUUAUGUUGAGCUGCUACCUGGUCGGGGAAGAACACCUUUGUGAACACAAGUUUGAUACCCUGGCCAAAGAGGAUACCCAGUUUGGGCAGGCGGUGCUGCAGAUGUGUCCGCACAUUCCCGCACAUUCUGGAGACUUUGGGACAUCCCCAUCGUACUAAUCUGUCCCCAAUAUCCCUUAUAGGUGCUAGAGAAAAUAGGAUUUUAAUACCUACCGGUAAAUCCUUUUCCCGUAGUCCAUAAGGGAUAUUGGCCACCCGCCUCUGUGCGGUGACUUUCUGCAGGUUCGCUGUUAGGUGUUACCUAUUCAGCUAUUGCUGUUUCUGUUGCCAGCCGUUGCUGGCCGGGUUAUGUUAUGGUGUGCUAGUGUGUAAAUCUCACCCCACUUAUUGUUGUAAUGUUCCUUCUCUCAAGUAUGUAAUUUCUCCUUCGGGCACUGUUUACCUAUACUGCCUGUGGGAGGGGGCAUAGAGGGGAGGAGCCAGCACACCCAGUUGAAGAAAUUUAAAGUGCACUAGCUCCUUUUGGACCCAUCUGUACCCAUCGUACUAAUCUGUCCCCAAUAUCCCUUAUGGACUACGAGAAAAGGAUUUACCGGUAAAUAUUAAAAUCCUAUUUUUGUGUUUCUGGCAAGAUAGGGCUUAUACAGUAUAUCAGGGCCAUUCCUUAGUAACAGGUGAAUAUUUGUAAUGUGUGAUUUUUGGAAGACAGCGUUGCAGUGAAAUUGCCAAUUAAGUACAGAAAAUGUGUAAAUGCUGGAUGUAAGAUAUGGUAUUAUAUAGUAGGAACACAACACUAUAUGGCCAGCAAAAGUUGAAAAAAUGGGGUGUGUUUAGGAUUUAAUAUGACAUUCGAAUAAAUAAUCUGAAUUCAAACCAAA